CCGACACAUUGAUUACCAUUGCGAGUGCACGAUGGAGGCGACGAUUGAUGACAACAUCACGCUAGAAACGCCAAAUUCAAAGCGGCGGCGGCAAAGUACACAGAGCACAGGCCCGAGAAGACGAAGCGAACCGAAGAUCACCUUGCCGGCGUUAAGUGAUUUCGCCAGGUCACAUGUCGCAAACUGGACUCCCCCCGUGCCUGUCACGCCCGAAUCGGAAGCACUACGAAGCCUGAAGAGUGAAUGGAGACGCCAAUCUCGCGAAGAGCCCAUAUACGAUGGGUCAAAGUCCGAGAAGCAACUUCUGAUUGUGGACCUGCAAGAUUACGAGAUCUAUCGAACACCGGAGAGCGAGUGCAGGGCCUAUGAGCUGACGAGCUUGCAUUAUUUGGAGGUUUCGAUCGCAAAGAAGUUGUGCUUUGAUGGCUUCAUCUGCUUGGGAUCGACCAAACACUACGUGCAUGCAGUACCAAUCCAGGAUAGCUCUGUCGAUGGCUACGGAGAUGAUGAGAACUCUGGUGUUACUACUCACGUACAGUCUACGUUUGCGAGUAAAGACAAGCAAUACGACAUCUGGUACAGGCUUGCUAAGCCUGCACCCGGCUACAAAGAUUUUCAGAGAUCGUUCCUCUGGGUAGCACAAUUGGGAAAGCACAUCAUCGACUACGUGGACAGCCAAACCGUGGGCUCUGUUGGACUGAACGACUUCCACGAAGACUUCUAUCAAUGGCUCCCACUCCGCUUUGGCCAAUGCGCGGACUUUCAGCAGUGGCAUACUGCUUUUAGACGCCAAACUGAUUUUCGCGUCGCCGUACAUGCCUACAUCGAGUACUUCUACAACCAGGCCUUUAACCUUUCGAACUCGAAACAGCUGCUUGCUCAUCCACUCUGGAGCGAGUGCAUGGCGAAAGGUUUAACAGCAGUGAAGGCGCAGAAGCAGAUCAUUGAGCACACCAUCGCUACGCCGGAGGUCUACGAUUGCUUCAAGGACAUGUAUUUCGGUGAGCAGAUCCAAAAACAACGACCAGUCGACACAGUUCGUAUCGAACAGGAGCGCAGGAAGCGUAGGCUUGGGUUCGCGAAGAACCCGUCGGCACAGCGAUCGACCACCCCGCGACCAAACGCCUGUCAGCCGUAUGGUAACUUACCAGUGAGGGUUGGAGACGUUGUUGCACUCGUUCCUGACGAGACAGACGCAACGGUUUGGCGCAACACGACCUGGGAGUGGCUGGCCUACGUUCAGGCUACGGAGUCCUUGGACAACGGAACGCAGAAGCUGUUCGUACUAUGGAUUUAUCGACAUCAUGAGACGAACAUCUUCAAAGCAAAGUACCCUUAUCAUAACGAAUUUUUCUUGUCAGACAAUUGCAAUUGCUCCGAACGAGAGCUGUUAUCUACAAACAUCCAGGGAAAAUACAAGGUAGACUGGUCACCAUCCACUAUCGAUUCUCAGCGCUUCUUCAUUCGCCAGACAUAUGUCACUCAAGACAGCGCCUUUAUCAGCCUCCGAUCGUCACAUAAGACUUGCACUUGUCGAAGAGCAAAGAGCACACCCGUCGAUGAUUACGUUCGAGGCGAUACAGUAUACCUAGCAAGGACCCGGAACGGAGACAUGUUCCUCGAUCCGGUUGUCAUCCAGCACAUCGACCGCGCCAAUGGAACUGUUAGAGUGCGAAAGCUACUACGACUUGAACGCGACUGCAAGGGACUAGCAACCAAAGCUCGGCGUCUCAACCUUGUGGCCAAUGAGCUUGUCCUUACGGAUGAAAACGAGGAUGUGUCCGUAACGCGCAUACAGAGGCGUUGUUUUGUCAAGUUUGUGUCUAAGGCCGACAUUCAGAACGGCCGACUACCCUUCACCUGUAAUCGAGGCGGUGCGGGCGAUCUUUGGUUUCUGUCCAUGGGGUUGGGCAGCGUGGACGGAGAGCAUAAGCUUGUCUUCCUCCGAAGUCUUCCCAAGAGCUUCAACGAAGGCCCCGACAUGACUUCUCCUGACCCGUUGAGAGGGAUGAGCAUCUUCAGUGGCGGUGGUUCACUCGAUCGAGGUCUUGAAGAGGGGGGUGCAGUUACCUUUCGUUCCGCUGUUGACUUCAGUCCCCAUGCCAUCCAUACUCAGCGGGCAAACUCGAAGAGCCUGGAGACAAUGUGUCUGUUCUGUGGAUCUGUCGAUGACCAUUUCGAUGCAGCUCUAAAGGACAAUAAACCGAACCUUGUUCCUCGAGUUGGAGAAGUCGACUUCAUCGCUGCUGGAUCUCCUUGUCCUGGGUUCUCGGCUCUCCAGCAAAAUAUACUCAGCGAGCAGUCCUUGAAAAAUGCAUCGCGUAUCAGUACCUUCUGCUCGUAUGUUGAUCUAUAUCGUCCCUUGUACGGUAUCCUCGAAAACGUGGUCAACAUGGCCUCAAUUCGGGCCGGAUUCGAAGACCAGAAUGUGUUAUCUCAGGUUGUUGCUUCCCUCGUCUCAAUGGGAUACCAGUGCAACCAGUUCAUAAUGGACGCAUGGAGCUACGGCAGCGUUCAGCAACGAUCGCGCCUGAUCCUUACGAUAGCUGCCCCCGGACUUGAGCCGAUUGCCCAACCUUGGCACACGCAUGCAAGACCAUACGAGGAGACUGCCGGAAGAAGCCUCGGUUAUUUACCCAAUGGGCAACGAUUCGGCGAACGCGAGCACUAUCCAACGCCCUUUCCGUACGUACCAGCGGUGACCGUCGAUGCGGGAUUGCCCGACAUUGGCAAUGGUAUCAUACAGACUUGUAUCCCAUUUCCCGAUCACCGCUUAUCCCAGGUACCAACGCGUAAGCAACGUGCACUGGUCAGAUGCAUUCCACGACAGCCCCCAGGAUGUGAUUACAAAGAAGCAGACCGACGCGGUCUUAUCCCGACCUCGCUACGAGACCCGAGGACCGAUAUCGGGAAAGCGUACAGGAGGAUCAAAGCAGCGGGACUGGUACCGACUAUCACAACAAACAUAGUCAUCCGCGAUUCUCGAAAUGGCGCUACAUUGCAUUGGGAUCAACAUCGAUCUAUCAGUGUAUUAGAAGCACGUCGUACACAGGGCUAUGUGGAUGAAGAGCCCAUCAUUGGUUCGCUUUCGGAGCAAUACAAAAUUGUCGGCAAUGGUGUGGACCGCAAGGUUGCUUUUGCCAUGGGUCUAUCUCUACUACGGGCAGUUCAGAAGAACGAGUCGGGGUUCACUGCGAACGGGACGACACAGAUCUCUUCUGAAGUGAUAGACAUUACUAGCGAUGCCGAGACAUCUCCGAUUCAGAAGAGUGCUACGAAGCCCAAACCCCAGUUAAAUUCACACGAUGUGUCAGCAGUCCGAAAGGAGCAACUCCGCAGGAGUUCCAGCCCGGUAGUUGCGAUACCCGGACGAGGGAAAACGGAAGGCACUACUGCGAGUAUGAACAGUACCCCGGGGCCAUCUAGAAGGAAUGCGAGCAUCUCGAAUGGCGCAACAAGCGAAUUCUCACAAACUCCCUCUAUAUCACAGCCUGAUGCCUCGGUCACCCAGACCUCUGGUUUCUUCUCCCGACUUUCCAAAUCUCUCGCCGCUGGCGCCGGUCAACUUUCUUUAUCGAGCAUUUCCGAUUCUUCCUCUGCCCCGACUUCGUCACCAGCGCCCGUGAAACGCAGUCGAGAAGAGGAUGAGGAUCCUUUUGCACCAGAAAGCCAGAGCCGCUCACCAAGAGAGCGACCAAGGAAACAGCCACGUGUCAGCGAAACGCCAUCGGCACAAGACGUAAUCAAGAGUGAAACGGAACCUCGUAGGAGGAAGUCCGUGUUCUCGCAUCGAAGCGGCAGCGUAAGUUCUACGAGCUCGAGCAAAACUCGUUAUACUCGUAAUUCAGGGCUGUCUGUGGAGUAUGUCCCGAAGAACUGGAAUAAGAGAGCUGAAGUAGAGACACGUGAAUAUAUCUUUGAAGAGGAGUUUAUCCAGGCUGAUUAGCAGAUCUGACAUGUUGGUGGAAGAGUUGAGGAGCGAUUUUGGAGAUGGCGGGUCAUCUCUGGCUGUGGACCAAGUAGCUGGACCACGCGUUGCGAAUACCCAAUAUUUUGGCAGUGAAUCGAUAUCUAACAACCAUCGUGUGGAUUUCUGUAACUCGAAUCAACAUGUGAAACUUCGCAAUACCACUUAUGACCACCAUCUUGUAAUGCAUCUACUCAUAGUGAUGCAUUCCACAUCCGGACUAGUGCGGC